AUGCGGGGCAGGGCCGAUCACCUGGUGGCCCCCAAGGGCGGGAGGGUCCGUAAGAGGGAGGACGACGAGAACGGCGUGGAGCCAUGCAAGGUGUUCGUCGGGGGAAUCACGCAGACGGUGGACGAGAGGCGGCUCAAAGAUCUGUUUCGGCGCUACCACCCCCUGGACGCCACGGUGAUGCGCGAGCGGAUGACUUCCCGCCCGCGCGGCUUCGGUUUCGUGACGCUGCCCGACAAGCGGGCGAUGGAGGACGCCAUCCGGGGCCUACACAACUCCAAGGUGGACGGCCGGACCAUCAGCGUGCGCCACGCCAUACCCCAGGACCAGCAGCACCCGCAUCCAUUCCGCGACCGCGCACGGGACUUCGGCGAGGGGGGGGAGCGAGCCGGGGGCUACGUAGUGCGGCGGGAGCCCCUCCGAAGGGAACCGUACACGGUGGGGAGGGAUGCGAGGUACGUGGAUGCGCGCAACGGCGUGCGCCCGGCUGCCGCGUCUGCGGUGCCGAGGAGGGAGGGCGGGUACUACAGGCGAGACCCCAGGGUGGAGGACAGGGUGCCCAGGAGGGAGUACAACGACUACGUGUACGAGGUCCGCCCGACCGGAGAGACCGUUCGCGCCGAGAAGGACGCGUACGGGGGGCGGGAUGCGUAUGAGAGGUCCUACGCCGCGGACGAGUACACCUACGAUCGGGGCUACGACACUUACUCCAGGGAUGCAAGAUAUGAACAGGAGCCGCAGUACACGCAAUCUCACCACAAGAGCGGCAGUUACAGCGCCCAGCGGCAAGAGUAUCUGGACAGCGAGUAUCCUGCAGAUGCCUAUGAGUACUACGAUGCAAACGUGGAGUAUGCAGAAUACGAGACUAGGUACGAGGACACUGGCAGGGCCUACACAACAGAGGGGAGGUCCACAGUCGUGGGAAGGCCAGCAGCUGUGGGGAGGUCAGGAGCGGUGGGGGCAUCGACUGUUGUGGGGAGGCAAACGGUGGUGGGGAGGACAGCUGAGGACGGAAGAUCAUAUGCUGCAGACUAUGAUCGUGCUCCCAGGUUGAUGCCAGCGCGUGAUGUAAGAUCCGAGAGGCCACCAGUCCGGACUAACAGAGUUCCUGGUCGACUGCCUCCCCCACGUGCUGGUGGCCCAGACAGGCGUCGGGAUGUUGUGAGGCCUCCCCUGAGGCCUGCCCCAUAUGAGAAGUCUGACAGGCUGGAGAAACGGCCCCCUUUGAGGCCAGCACCUUUUGAAAAGGCAGACAGGUUCGAGAAGACAGAUAGGUUUGAGAAGCGGAGGAAGGUGGAGAGGCUGGAUCCGCCAUCUAAGGACAGGGCAGAGAGGGUGGUGGCCCCAAAGGACCGGCAUGAUGAUCAGGAUUAA